AUGGUCUCUUUCUCGAACUUGUUCAUCGCCAUUGCGGCUGUUGCGGGUGUCAUUGCUAGCCCCACCAACGGCAACGAACUUGUCAAGCGCCAGUCAACUCCCAGCUCAACCGGCUACCACAACGGCUAUUACUACUCCUGGUGGACUGAUGGCGGCUCUCAAGUCACUUACACUAAUGGUGCUGGUGGUUCUUACAGCGUGAACUGGGGCGGCGGUGGUGGCAACUUCGUCGGUGGAAAGGGCUGGAAUCCUGGAGGCGCCAAAACGAUUCAAUACUCCGGCACCUACAAUCCCAACGGAAACAGCUAUCUUGCAGUUUACGGCUGGACUCAAAACCCAUUGAUCGAGUACUACAUCGUGGAGAACUUCGGUACAUACAAUCCCAGCUCGGGUGCUACGAAGAAGGGAUCUGUCACGAGUGACGGCGGCACCUACGACAUCUACGUCAGCACACGUGUUCAGCAGCCCAGCAUCGAAGGAACCAAAACCUUCCAGCAGUACUGGUCCGUUCGAACCCAGAAGCGAACCGGAGGUACGGUGACAACUGGCAACCACUUUGCAGCUUGGGCUCAGGUCGGCUUGAACCUUGGAACUCACAACUACAUGAUUGUGGCUACCGAGGGAUAUUUCAGCAGCGGCUCGGCCACUAUCACUGUCAACACACCUCCCUAA